AUGAAAAAGGAGCUUGAUUUAAUGGUAAGUGAAACCGAUGCACCAUCCCAGCCAAGGAAGAACUUGUGUCUCAGUGUGGUGGAACCUAAUAUUCAAGAUGAAACACCUUCCCAAGAACUGGACACAAUUUUGACUCAAUAUUUGGAGACAUUGUCCAAGCGGAAAAAGUAUUAUAUAGGUUAUCCAACAAACAUAUAUUAUGAACAUCAUGCUAUUUUAGCACCACUUUUACAAUUCCACUUGAAUAACUUUGGAGAUCCCUUCACUCAAAGCCCUAUUGAUUUUCAUUCAAAAGAUUUUGAAGUGGCUGUUUUAGAAUGGUUUGCGCAGCUCUGGGAAAUUGAGAAGGAUGAAUAUUGGGGAUACAGUACUAAUGGCGGCACUGAGGGCACUCUCCAUGGUCUUUUGGUUGGAGAGCUACUUUCAAGUGGAAUAUUAUAUGCAUCAUCGGAUUCACAUUACUCAGUCUUCAAAGCAGCAAGAAUGUAUCGAAUGGAGCUAGAAACUAUUAACACUUUAGUUAAUGGAGAGAUUGUUUAUGAAAAUUUGAGAUCAAAGUUACUUGUCAACAAGAACAAACCCGCCAUCAUCAAUAUCAAUAUUGGAACAACCUUCAAAGGAGCUAUUGAUGAUCUCGAUUUGGUCAUACAAAUACUUGGAGAUUGUGGUUAUUCAAGUGACAGGUAUUACAUCCAUUGUGAUGCAGCAUUAUGUGGGUUAAUUCUCCCCUAUAUCAGACAUGAAAAAACAAUUACCUUCAAGAAGUCAAUCGGCAGUAUUUCAGUUUCAGGCCACAAAUUCUUGGGAUGUCCAAUGCCUUGUGGCAUUCAAAUAACAAGGAAACGUUAUGUUAGUAGCCUCUCAGAUAUUGAGUAUAUUGCCUCAAUAGAUACAGCAAUUAUGGGUGGUCGAAAUGGCUUGACAGCGAUAUUCUUAUGGUACAGUUUAAGCAUGAAAGGACAUGCUGCGUUGCAACAGGAUUCUAUAAUGUGCAUUGAAAAUGCCCGAUAUUUGAAAGACCGACUUCUUAAAGUAGGAAUUAGCGUUACGCUUAAUGAGUUUAGCAUUAUUGUCAUUUUCGAACGACCUCGUGACCAUAAAUUCAUUCGUCAGUGGAAAUUGUGUUACUUAAGAGGCAUAGCACAUCUUCUCAUUAUGUCAGGCAUUACAAGAGAAACCAUAGAUAGUUUCAUUAAUGAUCUAAUGCAAGAAAGGGAAAAGUGGUACCAGAAUGAAAAAACUCGGCCUCCUUGCCUAGAAGAUGAUUUUGGCUCUCAAAAUUGUUUGUGCUGCUAUAAGAAGAUGUAUAACUGA